AUGAGGAUACAUUGUGAUUGGGAUCGCUUAUGCACACAGACAUGUGUGUACGAGCAUGAACGUCCCCACUCGCAGCGGGCGGCGCUGGCGGUGGGGCGCGUGGGGCUGGUGGCGGGCGCGGGUGAGCGGCUCGGCGGCGGCGCCGGUGGCGGCAGUCUCCAGCACCGCGCCAUGCUCGCCGCACGUUCGCUUGCGCCUCUCGCGCUCUGCGCCAUCGCCCUACUGCUCGCCGCGAGCGCAUCGCCGCCCCCUGCACCCCGCCACCGCCGGCAGCUCGCCGACGACGAUGCGCUGCAGCCACUCGAGGACGCCGCCGACGGGGUCGAUGAGCAGACCCGUGAGAAACGCAAGCUGGAAGGAGUCACUCAAGCCAAAUUCGGCAUCAAGAACGCCGUACUCGGCUUCGUGUUUGGGAAAAUUAACUCACUGAUCGAUGCGAAGACGCGACUGGUGGAAAAUUUAGAUAGACAAAACAUCGAGAUCAACAAGCAGUACGGCAUCGAGGCGCCACAGAGCGGACUGGCAUCACUGAGCGGCGUCGUUGGCCAAGUUGUGAGCGGUAUCGGACCCAAGCUGCAGCUUCUGGGGCCCAAGAUACAAGCGGUCACGGGGCUGCUGGGCGGCGCAUCCGGUGGAUCAUCGGGCAGCGGUGGCAGCGGCUCGCAAGGUGGGAGUGGACUCGGCUCCAUCCUCUCUCUUGUGACGUCGUUGUCGGGCUCCUCGUCGGGUGGAGCCGGUGCUGGCGGCACUGUUGAGACCAUUGACUCCUCCGAGGAGGACGACUCGUAG